AUGGGGGCGCGGGGGCGGCUCCUACAUGCGGUGCUCAUGGGCGCCCCAGGCUCCGGCAAGCGCACCCUGGCCUCGCGUAUGGUCAAACACUUCCCGCUGCAGAAGUUCUCCAGCGGGAACCCGCUCCGGGACAACAUGCUGAGGGACACCGGGUUCCCCAGGACGCUGCGGCAAGCUGAGGCCCUGGACAGGGUUUAUCACAUACACCUGGCGAUGAACAUGGACGUGCCAGUCGAGGUCAUCAGGCGACGCCUCUCGGCUUGCUGGAUCCAUCCGAGCAGUGGGCGCGUCUACAACCUCGAAUUUCACCCGCCCCGAGCGGUUGGCGUGGACGAUCUGACUGGCCAGCCCCUGGUUCAGCAGGAGGAUGACAGACCCGAGACACUCACCAAGAGGCUGAAGGCUUACGAAGACCAAACCAAACGCGUCCUGGACUGUUACCGGGGAAAGGGGGUGCUGGAAACCAUCUCCGGAUAG